UAUAUCAUUAAAUUAUAUAAAAAAUCGUAUAUAAUCUCAAGAAAACUACGAAAAACAUCAGUAUUAUCAUCAUCAUCAUGUUUCAACCUAUUGUUGUCGUUGGGGUUUUGCUUCUAGCAACCCAGUCACAAUGUAUCACAACAGUCUUCCAAACUAAUGAUCCCAGAGCAAAUUUGGAGUAUCAGAAUGGUUGCCAAUCAGAUACUGGAGUGACUCAAGAACAAAUAACUGCCCUAGAACACGAUGGAGAAGUUACUGAAGACAUCAACUGUUACUUCAAAUGUAUUUUUAUGAGGAGUGGCCUGUUUGAUGAGAACGGGAUAAUUCAAGUGGAGAACAUUAGGAGCAACCCCUUCAUGGACAACAUUGAUUUUGAUUGUUUACAAAAUUUGAACGCCAUCAACGAAUGCAACGACAUGAACCAAUUAUACAAUUGUAACAUAUAACUGUAGUUAAUUAGACAUAAUUUAAGAGUUAAUAAAUGUAGUAAGGCAUCAA